AUGGAAAAAAAAGACGAAAAUUAUUAUUUGUGGAAAAUAAUAAAAGAUUUAAAUAUGGUAGACAAAAAAGAAAAGAUGGUUUACAGUAAUAUAAAAAUAAACAAUUUAAAAAUGAACAAAAAUAAUUUACCAAAAAUAAAAAUAAGCAAAAGAUAUGUUGAAAUAGGAUCCUUAGGAAUUUGGAAAUUAUCAAGCAGUAAAAAUAAGUAUGAUAUAAAAAAAUUAAAAGAUAAUGAUGCUAAUACAUACUGGCAAUCAUCGUCCAUAGGACCCCAUACAAUAACAAUACAAUUUUUAAAGCUUACACAAGUUUCAAAAAUAUUUUUACUUUUUAAUUAUUUGCUUGACGAAUCAUAUACCCCUUGUGAAAUAUUAAUAAAAAUCGGAAAUGAUGAGCAUAACCUUGAAUAUCUUUGUACAGCAUAUUGUGAUAUAAACAAAUAUUCUUUGGACGAUCCAUUUUGGUUUGUAAUUGAUUUAAAAAAAAUUAAUUUUUUUUCAUUUUUCAGUAAUUAUAAUUUAAAAGUUUUAAAAAACAAAAAUGUAUCCAUAUAUUGUCAUUGCUUGCAAAUAUGUAUAUUGUCAAGCCAGCAUUAUGGCAAGGAUACACGAGUAAGGCAAAUCAAAAUAUAUGGUCCUAAUUAUUCUGUUUACAAAUACGAUAAAAUGAUCUUACAAAAAACAUAG